UUCCUGCAAUACUUAUGCCAUAUUAUGACGCUGACUCCUUUCAUAAAUAUGUUAAUGGGUCAUACAAUUCAAUUGAGAAUAUUUAUUAUGUACCCUGUAACAUAAAAGAUUAUGUAUCUCAAGUAUCAUUUAUAUUUGGUGGAAUUAGUUAUAAUAUUGAUCCAUCAGAACUAAUUUUGCAAUAUGAUAAAGAUAACCACCAAUGCAUUUCUGGAGUUCAAUCUGCAUAUAUCACUGAGUAUGACACAUGGGUUGUUG